CAUGAUAUAUCUGACACAAUUUUUAAUAGACAACGAAAUGUCGAAUCUCGUUUUGGUACAUUAUCCCAUUUUUUAAAUUCUUACCGAUAUAUGUACUUGUAUUGGGUGAUGUGUGUAAAAACUUAAACCAGCAGCAACAGUAAUCUUAUCGAACGAUGAACUACAGAUAAACGCUCCCAACGAUCUUAUCUUCACAGUUGCAUCGCAUCUCCAGUGAGAAAUGGUCGCACGAACAUUUUCUACCCACAUUUUGGAUACCUCAAAGGGCAAGGCUGCGGCCAAUGUUAAGGUAACGGUCUAUCGUCUAAAUGAGACUCAAGAAUGGCAAGGAUUACGAGCAGUUCAAACAAAUCAGGAUGGACGCUGUCAGUUAUUGAAGGAUGGCGAUGAGUUUCCAUCUGGCAUCUAUAAGUUAACAUUUCAUGUAGGUGCCUAUUUCGCAGAACAAAAUGAGAAAACUCUUUAUCCGGCCAUAGAGAUAAUUGUGGAUUGUGAUGACGAACAAGAUCAUUAUCAUAUACCGCUGCUACUUAAUCCCUUUGGAUAUACGACGUAUAGAGGAACUUAAAUUAAAUUUCACUUAAUGUAUUUCAAGAAAAUAAAAAUAA